AUGGAUCUAUCUAAUUUAUCCUCAAAUCUUCCACUUUCAAAACCAGUCAAUCAAACUUCAUUAAAUGAAGUAACACAAGAAUUAACUAUUGAAUUUAAACACGCAGCUAAAGCAGUAGCAACUCUAUAUAACUCAGCCACCAGUAGUACCACUACUAGUAAUACUACUACUACACCUCCACCCACCAAACAACUUAAAUCUGAAUUUGCAACUGCCGCAAGAUCAGUAGCAGCCUUAUAUAAAAUCACUCAUAAUUCAACUUCAUUAUUUCAAUCUCAUGGUUAUUUACAAUGUCUUGAUGAUUUAUUACAAAUAAUUGCCACUGAUGGUGAUGUAGAGAAUUGGGCAUUGACAAGACGAGCAGAAAUAACAAACACAAACAAUUCAUCUAAUAAUACUACUAGUUCCCAAUCUUCCGAUCCAAUAGAGACAACGGAUAUAUCGCCACGUACCCCUGCGGUGGAAGAGUCAAUUCCUCAAGAUUUCGAAUUCUCAAUUCUUCUGGAUAUAAAGCCACCUGUGAAGUUCAUACCCACCGUCCCACCAAUCUCAGUCCAACAUACUAAUAAACAACGCCAACAUCAUACCCAUAAUAGAAAACAAAAGUUGGAAAGGAUUCAACGGAAAUUGGUGGAAGAACUUCGAGAUGGAUCAGGAUCGGAUUAUGAAUCAGAUACUAAUGAGCGGAGUAAACUUAGAUUAAGAAAAGAAGCUACGGGAGGUGGAGAGAGUCCGAUUAAGAAGAAACAGAAAUUGAAUGAGUCUGAUAUAUAA